GGCAGGCACACGCAGUCGUCGUAGCGGCUGAUGAUGGAUUCAUUAAUUAUUCGAUGAGAGAGGAGAUCGGUUGGCUUGUUUUCGUGGUUGACUGGUGUGGUGGUACAGAGAGGAGAGAGGAGAGGGAGAAAAUAUGUUAUUGCAAGCUUCAAGCUUUUCGAGUGGCGUGGUUUGCCAUAGAUGGUCACACUUGAGGAACCGCAGGAGUUUCAUUUCCGACUACGGCCUUCUCGGAAGAAAGACCAAAGCUUCUUCUGGUCCUCCUCCUCGGACGACUUUCGUAUGUGUCACUUUUGAAAUUGAUGAAAUCGCCCACAACAAGGUUCUCAUUUCAGCGGCUGUAUCCGCAACAAUUGGGCAGCUGUCAAAGCCUUUCACUUCUGCCAUCCUUUAUGGCAACAGCAACAAUUUUGAUUUUAAGACAGUCUUUCGGUCUGGAGGGUUCCCUUCUACCCAUUCCUCCGUAAUGAAUACUUUGUCACCACGUAUUCAUUCCUCUGCAGCUGUGGCCACCGCGAUGUCCCUUGGCUUUGAACGGUGGGUAAAAUUGGUAAAAUGCUGCAUUUCCGUUGUGCCCUCCCGAAGAGGUCUUUCGGAUGCAGUUUUUGGUUUAGCAGUUGUUUAUGCUAGCCUUAUCAUGUAUGACGCUCAGGGAGUGAGAAGGGAAGUGGGCAUUCAUGCAAAGGCAUUAAACAGGGUUUUGCUCCAGAACUCAGCUUCUUCGAAUGAUGCCGAUGAUUUGAUUGAUUCUCAACCUAGAAAAUCAUCCUCAAAUUUAGAAAGUUUUGGGCCUUUGUUCUUGGAGGAAGCAGAUACCUUUCAAGCAAAACAGACAAACGCUAAACUAUUACUUAGAUCUGAGAAUCGAAAGAGUCAAAGUGGUAUCCUGAUUUCAUCUAGCUUACCAUCUAAUGUUGAAGGAGAAUCCAAAAAAAUUGCAAAUAGUUGGGCCAUGCUAAAAGAAUCUGUUGGCCACAAUGAGAUUGAAGUGAUAGCAGGUGCCUUGUUGGGACUAUUUGUUAGUUUUGCAGUUUAUACCCUGACAUGAUUUUCUUUCCUGCCUGUUGUUUUUGUUUAUUGUAAUAUUUGGCACUCAGUUCAAAGAUUAUUGUAACCAAUAGCCAACUAUCCUUAAGCUUUAGUGGCACUCAGUUCAAAAUUACUGUAACCAAAAGCCAGCUAUAUAUCCUCUAGCUUUGGUUGCACCCGUUUAAGGAUGGCAA